AAACCUCGAAACUCGACCCUCUUUGUAGCUACGCAGAAGUGGGUGGUUCUUGCCUAUUCGUCACCAUACCGCCUCCCACAACAGUUCUUUUCUAUGUCCCAGUCCCGUGAAUUGGGCAAGGGUUCUGAGAAAAUGGCCAUUUCGUACGCGAGUGGGCUACCGGCCGAUCACGCUCAGGUCCUUCCCUCCUUUAGAGAGCUACUUCCGCCUCACCUUCACGAUGAAAUUGAGUCGACUUCAUAUUUCAGUGCUCGCCAACAUUCGCGCGAGCGUCCUACAUCAGCGAAUCGCGACAUGGCUUCCCAACCCAGACCUUUGUCCGGAGACUUCGGUCCUAUCCAACCGCAACUAGGGAGGAACGCGCCUCAGUACCCUUCUCGUGGCCCAAGCCCUAUUCUGCCGCCAAUCCGGGAUCUUCAGUCACUGCCAGAACGGGGUGCAAAUGCGUCGACUGCCCCAUUCCCAGAUACUAGGGCGCUUUCGCGACCUGAUCCAUUUGCGGCUGCGGCACAGGAAUUUCGGGGGAGACCUGCAGCCGUGCAUGGCUUUACUUCAGCCAAUCGACCCGGGCCAAUGGGCGAGAGGGGUGGCGCGGACGCUUACAAUGGACCGACUGUCAUGCAUAACCAGGUGGCUUAUCCUUAUCCGAUGGCCUACCAGAGUGAUUCCGAACAGACCUCCCCACAGGGCGUGUCGCAUGCUCAGCCUUCUAAUUUUGGCAUCUUGGGCGAUUCGAUUGAUUCAAAGAACAAACGCAGGCGGGGAAACCUUCCCAAGCCGGUAACUGACAUCCUACGGGCCUGGUUCCACGAGCAUUUGGAUCACCCUUAUCCCAGCGAGGAGGAUAAACAAAUGUUCAUGACCCGCACCGGGCUCACUAUUAGCCAGAUCAGCAAUUGGUUCAUCAAUGCAAGAAGACGACAGCUCCCUGCGCUCCGAAAUCAGAUGCGGACCGGAGGAAGUGAUCUCGACUCCCAACGCCAGUCGCCCUUUAGCGAUAUGGACCACGCCUCUUCGGAAUCCAUGCCCUCUCCCAACCAGCUAGCCUCUACGAGGUGAACCAUCAUGGUUAUCCUUUGCCUCUAUCUGAAACAACGUUACUCCGACCGAGCCCAACUCUUCUACUUUGGAAAUCAUGGACAAUUAUGAGAGGGACCGACCGUAUUUCAUUUCAUUUUUUUAUUAUUUCCUCUUUCCUCCUUGGAACACGAUCACGAGGCAGAUGCAGUACAUCAUCAUGAGUCAUGGGACAGAGGUUGUCAAAACCGCAUAGACGUACGAGAUCUGGUUGACGAAUCUCCUUUUACCGACUUAAUAUUCUUAUCGUUUUCUCAAAUGAGCCGAGUGACAUCGACGAGAUCAUUUUGAUA